GCAAGCAUCUGAGUGUUCGUCCUGCUCAUUUCCACACUGCUGAGUGUGUUUACGGGAGUGUGUGUGUGUGCGCAUUGGUAUCAAAGAAAAAGCGUGCUGACUCCACCACAAAGGAAUAAACUUUGACAGGUUUUUUUAAAAGAUAAAAGGAGGUAACGAUUGACUGGAUGGGGGAAUUUGGAGAGUUGCUGAAGCCCGGCUGCUCUUGAACCUGAAAACAGUGUUUGAUUUUCAGGUUUUUCGGUUGACUUGUUUACUCCUCUCCCUCUGAGUACUUCCACCACGGGGAGUCAAAAGGUGUCUCUUGAGCUGCUCACAGAGGAGUUUAAACAGAAGCAGAGAUUUUCUCCCUCUGAGCUGCCACUGCUCUGACUGUAAUUUUACACUUUUAUUCUCUUUCUUGAUCAAUUAUUUGAUGCGCUGCGGCAGGAUGGAUGCCUCAUUCUUAUCAGAUAUAGACUACAAUCACACCUAUGUGGAUGAGCAUUUUUUCUUGGAGGACAGUAUUGAUGGCUUCGGCAUCACCAUGGCUAUGCUGUACUUGGUGGUUUGCAUCCUGGGACUUGCUGGGAACAUCCUCGUUGUCGUUGUCAUUUUGAAAUUGGACAAGAUGUCAUCUUCCACAACAGUGUACAUUUUCAACCUGGCGCUAGCCGACGGACUCUUCAUGGUCGGUCUUCCCUUCAUUGCGAGCCAGAACUUCCAGAAUGAAUGGAUGUUUGGUGACAUAGCGUGCAAAGUGGUCAUGGUGCUGGACGGCAUCAACCAGUUCACCAGCGUCUUCUGUCUGACGGCAAUGAGCAUCGACCGCUACAUGGCACUGGCUGACCCGCUUCGGUUUGCUCGUUGGAGAACGCCUCGCUGGGCCAAAAUCAUCUCGGCGUUCCUGUGGCUGUUCUCCCUCCUCACCAUCCUCCCCAUGGCGCUUCACUUCUCAGCUGAUCAAGGCCUGUGCAUACCAGACCUCGCAUCAGACACCUGGUGGCUCGGCGUCUUGUCUUACACCUUCGUCAUGGGGUUUGCUUUGCCGUUCACAGUCAUGAUGGUCGCCUAUGCGGCGCUGCUGUACACCCUUUGGUCCCAACGGUUCCGAGGGCAGACGCGGAACCACGAGAGCCACCGGCUGGAGAGACAGAUCACCAAAAUGGUCAUCGCAGUGGUGGUGGUAUUCGGGAUCUGCUGGCUGCCAUUUUACACCUUCAACUUCUGCUCCCUGUAUCAAAAUGGCCCGAUCUUGACUUUCACCAGAGCUUUUGAGUUUGUGGUCCUGCUGUCGUACUCGUGGAGCUGCGCUAACCCCAUCCUCUACGCUUGCCUCUCUGACACCUUCAGGAAGCACUUCCGCACACUCCUCUGUCCUGCUGCCAAGUCAUCUCCCAGCAUGCCGUGCAACACUGAACGGUAUGACUUAAAUGACACAGGUGUGCAGGAUGUGACAAUUCUAGCAUAGUGAGACGAGGAAAAAUAGACUCUUCAUAUUACUCCAUUUCCUGUCAUGAUGCACUGCAUGAUAGUCCUUUAACCAUAUUUUCUUAUGUGAUGGUUUGUAGAUAUGUGAUAUAUUCUUACUUUGUUUUUUAUUUCCCCCAUUUAAGUUGACAUGUAUUAAAGUUCUUAAAUUUUAUUGUCCUACGUUUUCAGAUUUGCUGAAUUUGAGGUGAUUUUGUUCAUAACUGUCUUAAAUGUAGAUGUUUGAUCAAGUCUCUGUAGAUUUGUGAGACUUACAACACAUUAGUGUUGCAGUGGCGCUCUCAGAAAUUUUACAUAGGGGUGACCAGAUAGGACCACUGAAAAUCUUGGGGUGACACACCAAAACCAAAAGCCAUAACUGGAUUUCAGGAAUUUGGUUACGCUGUUAUAGUUUACAGGCUAGUUAAAAACUACUGCAAUAUGGAGGGCUAAGGAAUUGUAUACCGAUACUUUCAUUUCUUAUUUUACAGUUAAUGUAACUGAUUACCUGAUGUGUAUACUAAUACCGGUACAGUUAACAUUUUGAGUAAUCCUGUUUUAAUGUCUUAUCUAUCUGUAUAUACAUGUUAGGCGAUUCAUUGUUCUUCACAUAGGUUGGUUGUAGACAGACUACAGCUUUAAUUUGAAGGGUUAAGUUUUAAGGAACAGAAAAUUUACGGGGACCAAGUCUUCUCAAGUUUAGGGGAGACUUGUGUGUACCCAUUGAACCCUUUUUCACUCAGAUAUCUUAAGGUGAGAGUUUAAAGGAGCCCUUUGAAAAUGGCCCUGCCAGUUGUUCCCCCGCCAAAAUUUACCCUAACUUUGCAGCGCUAUUUUGCACCUUUCCUGACAAGCUAUACUGACAUGGUUGUUACCAAUGGAUGUCUGAGGUUGUCUAGUUUCAUAAGAUACUACCUUCACGCCACAGCCAAAAUGAAUGGGUCCAAGCCUGUUUAAGAUAAUGUUGCCCUCCAGAUAUUUUUGCCAGUGGUGGGGCAGCAAUUGUAUUGCACCUUAGGUGCGCCACUGUUGAUAUGAUCACCCAGCUCACUGUACGUGAGUCUUUCUGAAAUGCGGAUCUUCCUCUUUUCCCUGUCAAAAUUAAAAAGUUGCCCUUGUACUUUGCAGUUUCUCAGAGUUUCCUUCACAGAGUAGGAAGAAAAAUGCUCAUCAAACAGCAUAAUAUACUUUGACUUUCGGUAACACAAAUCCCCCGUCUUGACGGAGUAGAAGUCCACCUCCUGCUCUGUCUGACUCAGACCUGUUGUAUAAAUUGUUUUCUAAUAACUCAGACCGCUUAGGCAACCUGCUCCGCCGCAUCUCCUGUUCUACAGCAUUUUACCAGAACUAAUGAAAUGAGGCACAAGAGGGAUGAAGUGUAGACAGGUGGAGUGUAAACAGAAUAACAUAGGACACAUGCCUGUGGCCAAACACCAGCACAAAGACACGCACAGACAGCUCCCCAACUCCCACAGCUGGAUUAUGUCCGAGUGGCUUUAAGUGCGGGAGACCGUCAGAUGAGUGUGUUUGUGCCUGGGUGGCCAUGUGCAUGCACCUGCACACAUGCAUAUUAGGAGCUGUGUGCGCCUCAGGCUUACUGUGGUAUUCUGCUUGAACCUGGCUUACUGAAGAGGAUUUCCAAAGGAUUUUGUGGGGAAAUGAACAGCAUAAAAAGAAAACACGUUUCCACAUUCUUUACUGAGGUAGUGAGUGAAAAAACACACCAGCACUUGUCUUGUUUUGAUAAGUUGUAUAUGUAUGGAUACUAGCAUUAUUUUUUUCUGUGUCCUUGUCAAAGGUUGAUUGUCACAACAGAUGUUGGCUGUCAGUUAUCAGUGAUGUAAAUAUGUAUAAAUGAAAACAAUGGUGUUUAUGACAAUCUGUAUUUUACACACAAAAACACAUGCUCUGUAAAGCCAGUUGUGCCGUACUCACUCUUUAUAUAAGCAUUUCUCAGAUCCUAUUGUUAAAGUAUAUUGACUGUAAAUAAACAUAGUUGCUUGUG